CCGCCCCGUGCCCGCCCCUCCACAGCUCGGCGGGCUCGCCCAGGCGGGGCCGGGCAAGGGGAAGAGGAACAGGAAUCCGGAAUCCCUUCCGGCGCAGCCCGGCAGCCAUGGCCGAUGAGGAGGAGGACGUGCCGUUCGAAGAGGACGCGGAGGACGCCGGCGGGGGCCUGGACGGCGGGCAGGGCAGGAGGAAGAGGCUGUUCUCCAAAGAACUAAGAUGCAUGAUGUAUGGAUUCGGGGACGACCAGAACCCUUACACAGAAUCCGUGGACAUUCUUGAGGACCUGGUAAUAGAGUUUAUCACAGAAAUGACACACAAGGCCAUGUCGAUUGGGCGGCAGGGCCGUGUACAGGUGGAGGACAUUGUCUUUCUAAUUCGCAAGGACCCCCGGAAGUUUGCCAGGGUUAAAGACCUCCUUACUAUGAAUGAAGAACUGAAAAGAGCAAGAAAGGCCUUCGAUGAAGCAAACUACGGAUCUUGAUUCUGUGCACAAGCUGCACUGGAGCUUCAUUUGGGCUGCCCAAGUAAUGGCAGCUGCCCAGUAAGAAGGAAGAUCAUAUCGUGUGUUGUUUGGAGGGGUUAUUCGGGAUGGAGGUCACUGCUGGGGUGUGUGCCCUCACUUCCAGCUUUUUCUGAGAACUAUUCAAGCAGCUGAAAUGUUAUCUGAUUGUAUGUGGUAUACUUAGGUAUUUUUAUACCAUUUAAGAAAAUGAAAAAUUCCUGUAAUGGCAGUAAGUCUGUUUGAAGUAGGCCUUUGUUGCAUCAGAUGCCUAGAGGGCCGAUGAUCCGUGAUUCUGUACAACUAUUUCAGUUAUCACUGGGUACUCCUGUGAGAGGGAACCCAGAAAAUGGAUCUUGGUUUAUCUGGACAUUGGCUUCAAGCCCAGACUACUCUAAAAGUUCUGCUUUUUGCUCUGUAUAUGCUCUUUGAAUAAAACAUUUUAAGUU